AUGCAAAUCGAUGUGCACGAACUCAUGUGGGACAAAACAGCGACCGAUUUCUAUUUCCUCGGCCCGCUCACGAAAUCGAGAGACCUUGUCCAAGCUCCAGCAUUAGCAUCGCUUCCUUCUGAACCAAAUCAGACAUCUACUGUGUCCAGUUUGCCGACCCAAGCACAAAAGAAAACGGCACUUGAAAUCGCUCUAUCACAUGGAUAUUGUCGUGUCAUCGCGCAGCUAUUAGAGUAUGGCAUCGAUCUAAACACCGAGAUAUCGUCAAUGACAAGCGAACCACGCCCACUUGAGUGGGCGAUAGAGCACCAAGACAUCGACAUGUUAAGACUUUUCCUCGCCAAAACCACCCCAAAGCUAGACAGAAUCGCAGGGACGCGAAUGCUCGGCCAGGCAGUAGAUACACGCAACACCGCUAUCGUCAAAGCGGUGCUAGACCAUAGUAUAUGUUGUGACUUUGAAGACACGGACCGCCCUUUCCCAAGGCCAGCCAACUGUACAGAUUGGUUCCUCUUCGAGUUAUCCGAUCACGAUGGCUCCUUAGGGUCCCUCUCCCCACUCGUCGGCGCAGUCAAGCACGGCGACAUAGAGAUCGUGCGGUUGCUGCUGGGACAUGGAGCAAAUUCCAAUGUCGCUUAUCACGAUUACCCACAACAGAUGGCUAUAUCUAGGGAAGGAGGUGCGGUAGGCUUUUCGUGUGGGAGAGCGGUGCAGUUGGGGAUGGAGUUGGGGCGUUUUGAUAUCGUGCGGGUGCUGCGGAGUAAUGGGGCGGAUAUUGGGCUUGAGCGGCCUGUUUGGGAUGUGAGGGAUCACAGGUGCGAGGCUGUGCCGAGGGAGGUGUGGCAGAGGGUUGUGUGGGGUUGCGGAGACUGA